UCUUUUUUCUUUUUUUCCAUUUUCCUCAGUAUUUAUUUUUCUCCUUUCAGGGGUUCACUCAGCAUACCUUUCCACCUUCUACCUCACGGAUUUCUCUCUCUUCCUCUCUCUGCAACCUAAAUUUCAAGUUUCAAGUUUCAACCCCUUUUUUUCUGUUUUUCUUUUUGCAUAUUCUUGGUGUGGAAGUCAUGUCAGGUUUAUACACUCAGAAUUUCUCGUCUGCCAGAGCUCUUUCUCCUCACAUAAGAACAGCACCAGAUGUUGAGAGUCAGUAUUUGACUGAGCUGUUAGCAGAGUACCAGAAGCUAGUACCCUUCAUGCAAGUUCUUCCCGUAUGCAGCCGACUUUUGAAUCAAGAGAUAUUACGGGUUUCCGGUAUGAUCCCAAAGCAAGGGUUUGGCGACUUCGACAGACUGCAGCGCGGAAGCCCUAGUCCCCUGGGUUCUUCUGAAAUGAUGCCAAAUAUUAGAGGAACAAGUUUAGGUGGCUGGAAUGGCCUGCCACAUGAGAGACUAGGUGGACCACAGGGGAUGACAAUGGACUGGCAGGCACCACCAGGAAGCCCAAGUUCCUAUAUUGUGAAGAAGAUAUUGCGUUUGGAGAUUCCUGUAGAUAGCUAUCCCAAUUUCAAUUUUGUUGGACGGCUCCUGGGCCCUAGAGGCAAUUCAUUAAAGAGAGUGGAAGCUUCCACAGGUUGCCGUGUAUAUAUCAGAGGAAAAGGCUCAAUUAAGGAUCCUGACAAGGAGGAGGAGUUAAGGGGAAGACCAGGCUAUGAGCACUUGAACGACCCAUUAUACAUUUUGAUUGAGGCAGAAUUACCUGUCAGUAUUGUUGAUGUACAGUUGAGACGGGCACAGGAAAUUAUUGAAGAAUUGCUCAAACCUGUGGAUGAGUCACAUGAUUUCUAUAAGAGGCAACAGCUACGAGAACUAGCUUUGCUAAAUUCCAACUUCAGAGAAGAGAGCCCUCAACCCAGAGGCAGUGCCUCUCCUUUCAGUUCCAGUGGAAUGAAGCGUGCCAAAACUGGUCGGUAGGGAUUCAUUUGAUUCAUUCUCCUUGAUGGUUCCUCAACAACUCCCAUAUCGGAUAUUGUCGCCAAACUAUGCCUCUCAAUGUAUCUGGAUUCUGUAUAGCUACAAAGAGGAGCUACAGAACCUGGCUGGUGAGUUUUAACUCAGGUCCUUUUUCGACUAAAGAAAGAAAUCAUCUCUUAUAGCUUUUGUCACUGUACUAGCUUCUUGUUGUAAAAGUAGAACAAUCAUUGGAUUUAUUUCUCUAAUUAACCUUGACUUGUUAAUUUGAUAAGUGUGGAAAUUUUAUUAAUUGUGUA